AUGUCUGCAGACGGCGCGGCCGGGGGCGACGCUGCCUCCCCUGCCCCUUCUCCGGCCCCGGCGGCGGCGGAGGCUCCCCGGGCUGCAGCGCACGAGGCGGAGGCGGCGGAGGGGCCGGGGGGCCGCGGCUACCGGGCGCUGGUGCUGACGGGCUACGGCGGCUACGAGAAGCUGAAGGUGCAGGCGCGGCAGCUGCCCGGGAAGCAGCCGUGCCCCGCGGCGGGCCAAGUGAGCGUGGAGGUGCGCGCCUGCGGCCUCAACUUCGCCGACCUGCUCGCCCGCCAGGGCCUCUACGACCGCCUGCCCGCCCCGCCCGUCUGCCCCGGCCUCGAGGCCGCCGGCACCGUCCUGGCCACCGGCGAGGGCGUCGCCAGCCCCAAGGUAGGUGAUAAAGUGAUGAUACUAGCCAGAUCAGGGCUCUGGCAGGAAGUGGUGACCGUUCCAGCCAACCAGACAUUUCCUAUGCCAGAAGGGAUGAGCUUUGAGGAAGCUGCAGCCUUCCUGGUCAAUUAUAUCACGGCCUACAUGAUCCUCUUCGACUUCGGCAACUUGCGACCAAACCAGAGUGUCCUUGUCCACAUGGCGGCAGGUGGGGUGGGAACUGCAGCCGUGCAGCUCUGCCAGACCGUGGAAAACGUCACCAUUUUUGGAACGGCUUCUGCCUCCAAGCACGAUGCUCUAAGGGAGAAUGGAGUCACCCAUCCAAUCGAUUACCGGGCAGCUGAUUAUGUGGAGGAAGUUCGAAAAAUCUCCCCAAAAGGUGUAGAUGUUGUCUUGGACCCCUUGGGGGGCUCAGAUACUGCAAAAGGGUUUAAUCUCCUGAAACCCAUGGGCAAGCUGAUCACCUAUGGCGUAGCCAACUUGCUAACAGGGCAGAGGAAGAACCUGAUGGCCAUGGCAAAGACCUGGUGGAACCAGUUCAGCAUCAACGCUUUGCAGCUGCUCCACCUCAACAAGGCUGUUUGUGGCUACCAUAUGGGCUACCUGGAAGAGGAAGUGGAGCUCAUGAGUGAUGUUGUGACCAAGCUAGUUGCCCUAUACAGCCAAGGCAAAAUCAAGCCCAAGGUGGACUCCGUCUGGCCCUUUGACCAGGUGGUGGACGCUAUGAAGAGGAUGCAGGAGAAGAAGAACAUUGGGAAAGUUGUGCUGGUCCCCGAAGCAUCCCAGAAGGACGAAAGCAAGAAAGUGGAGAACUAAGCUAGAGGGAACCGUUUUUUUGUUUUAGCUCCCCCCUCCCCCCCCCCGCCCAAUGACCCUUUGAGGGAAGUGGGAAAUGGACACUGCUGUCAAUGGGAUAAGUGAUGCAGGAUUGGCCAACUGGUAGUUACACUCAGAAGAUCGCGUUAUUUUUUAUAAACUACUGGUUGGUUCUGGAAAAUUCUCUCCCCUGCAUCUCUCCUUCUGCAAUUUUAAUACUUAUGCACAGUUAAGGGGCAACAAGACACUGUUUAAGGGGGGGUGGGGAGAGAGUCAGGUAAAAUGCCCCCUUAUUUCUGAUGGUUUUGUUUUCCCUGUUGCUUGCUCUCUCACACACAGUUUACAUUCCACCCUUGGGCACCUUCUCCCUCCCUCCCAACACGCUCCCUUAGCGACUAAUGGCUUCAUAGCACCUCCAGCUCCCAUCAUUCCAGCCACCAUUGAUUGUUUCCAUAGAAACGAACCCUGCCACUUCCGAGGGGUACUUAUAAUGUGCAAAACUUGCCUGAUGGUUGCAGUUCAGUCUUGGGACAGGUGAACUGGGAGCUGGGCAAGACGGGGGUGCCUUUGCAGCCUCAAGGCCCACCAUGGAGUCAGUAGCAUCCCUUGACUGACCUCUCCAGCCCGAAAGUGCCCACAGGUCUAAAUGCAACAUCUGCCCACAUGUGGAGCCAUUUUAAAAUGCACUUAAUUGUCCAGCCAUGGGUACUGCUGCUGCUGGCACUUCCAGCCCCCUCACCAACCGACUUUCCCUUGUUUCUCUUGGAGAGACUUGACAACUUGCAGAUGCAGCCUUAACCCCAACCAAGAGCCAGCUGGUUGGUGAGAGUGGCCACCUGGUCAUCUCCAAGCUAAGCCCUGCUUGGCUUUCUUUUUUGGCCUGCCUCGUGGCACCUGGUGUGAUGAGAGGUGGGGCUGAUGUUUGGAGGUGGAAACAGGAUGCGAAGCCCCCUCAGUUUUGCCUGUCCUUUCUCUGAACCUGGCUGGCUGGAAGGGGUGCUAACCCAGGCCCUCUGGCCACCCUGAGUUUUCUCUUUGGCUGUGUGCAUGCUGUGUUUUGUGUUUGGGACCAUUUGAGGACUGGCUAUCGAUUGCCAUUGGGUCUGCAUUGCUGGUGGGGGAACGUUUGCGAUUCUCAUGCAGAAGCCAUCUCUCCCCCCUGCCCCCCCCCCCCGUCCCUUUGGCGCACAGAAGGCCUCUGCUCUUGCUGUGGGAUCCAGAGAACGCAGGCGUGCCAAAGGCUCCUCUGCCAUGGCAGCAGCUCUGUGGCACUCCUUCCUGCCCAAGUCAUGGCUUCUCUUGGCCCCAACUUAGCUGUUCUUUGCAGACCCAGCCCUUUCCUCCAUUCCAAUGAAUCUUGGAGACCUUCACAGGUCUCCAGCUGCAAAGUUGUACCUGGCCUCAGGAUCUCUCCUUGCCUUUGUGAUUUCUCCCAUAUGGCAGAGGCAAUAUGUCAAGCCUUUCCUUGGGAAGUAGGCAGUGGGGGUUUCUGUGUGUGUUUCCAGCAGCCCUCCCCCACCCCUCUCAAGAAGCCCCCAAAGCGCUCCCUUUAGCAACUUAAAAAGCAGAGGCUGUCUUUAGGCUAUGUUUGGCCUUUGAACCCUUAGUUGCUGGUCGUUAUUAGAAGAGAUGCUCUGUGAGAUACCCUUGCCUGCUUUCGGCUGAAGCCUUGCUCACUCCUUAGCGUUGUGUGCAGUUCUAGCACACAUCCUUGGCCAUCUUGUGUUUGGUUUGUCAAGUUGCCUCACAGAAACUCUGGGAGGGAUGGGUGGCUUUGUGAUCCUGCUUCUGGCCUUCCCCAAAUCCUGCAGAAGGACUCCCCUCUCCAACCUUAGCAGCCGAGCACAGAAGCGGUUGCUAUGGCAGAUACAUUUUUGAAGCAUCGUUUGGACUCCUCUCAUACGCAGCAAAUGAGUCUCAUAGCAACUUCAGGGAAGCAGAGAGGGGUCUUUAGUCAGGCCUGUAGCUACGGGGUCUGUGGGGGCCAUGCCCCUGACUUCUUGGUGGGGCCCUCCCAACUCAGAACCCCCAACCUGCAGCCUUCCCUCCCCACUGUGCCAGGACCUCCACCACAGUCUCCUCCCGCCCCUGUGAUUCACAUCUCACAGGACUGGUAUGCAGAAAGGCCCUGCUGGUCAACAGGCCCUUUAAAUGGCAGGGGGCCCCAGGGCCAGCUUCCCCCCCACUCCAGUUUCCCCACCCCAUCCCCUGUGGCCCAUGGCUAGUUUGCCUCUUCCUCCGUCAGCCCCUUCCCCUCAGCUUGCCUGCCUCACCUGACCCCUCCCCCCUGUUUCCUCCUUUGUCCGCCUGCCCCGCCUCCUCCCCGUCUGCCAGCUCAGCCCCAGGGAAACCCAUCUCUGGAGCGAGAAGACCGCUUCUGCGCUUGCAAGGCACUUUCGGCUGAGUCAGGUGCGGAGGAAAGGGAAGCCCUUGCAAAACUCCUCAAAGGGGCUUUGGAGGUUGCCUGCAGGCUGUAGUGGGGCAGGGGCUCUGUCUCUGAGAUAAUUGGCAAGCCACUCCCCCUCCCCAGAGUUUGCCUCGGGGCACGGGCAGUGGUGUGGGUGCUCCAACUCGUAGAUCAUUUGCGAGGGGGGCCCCAAGAUUUCGACUGCCUAGGGGCCUCCACGGGGUUUAAUCCGACCCUGCCCCAUCCCAUGCAAAAAAAGUCACCUGAGGAUUGCGAGCAAGGCGAGCAUGCACCUAGGGCUGGCCCCAGACUGUCCGGCACCCUCGGUGAGGCUAACUUCCGGCGGCCCCCUCCCCCUGCACUGAUAACAUCACUAGGUCACAUGGGAGCAUCCAAUUCAGCGCCCCAGAAGCCCAGCGCCCUAGGUAAUGGCCUAGUAGUGGGGAAGUUUGCACAAUAUGCCGCUUUGUCUAGUGGCAAGACUGGCCCUCUGUGCACCAAAGGCAACCUUCAAGCUCCCAGUGUGUGCGUUAAUUAAAUUAACUUUAAUUAGACAGUGCCCCCUGCCCAAGGGAUUUCAAUGCCUCCCAACUUAAAAAUUCCUGGCUAUGGGCCUGUCUUUGGUCCAGGCAGCUCAUUGAUCUUCACAAGAUCCAUCGGAGCAGCAUGCGGUCGAGCAAUUCCUAGCAAAGCUUUUGCGAAAAGCACUGUUCUUGCAUUUUCUUGGGAGUUUCUUGCCAUUUCCUGUAGCUGAUACUGUAGCAGUUCUGAAGCUGCCCAUUUUCACCCGUUGCAUCGUUAGGCUUGCACUGUACAGAUCACUUAGCCACAGCACUCUCGAACCUGCCUUGUAGUAUUCUGAGUAAUUUUAAACUAAUUCAGAGACCCUUAUAGCUGGGUGGGGCUAGACAGCCACCCGCUAGAACCCACCACUCUGGCAUAUGAAAGGCACCAAGUUCAAAUAGUUAUCUUUGUUGAAGAGCUCCUAGCUAGCAGGGCUUGGCUUGAAAGACACUCCUCUUGGAUCAGCUGGGCAAGAUUGUCUGUCUCUGUCUCAAGCCCACCUGGUCCAUGCACUUCUGAGGUGGGGGUGGCUGGCUUGCUGCAGAUCAGUCUAGCCAGACCGCAAACAGGCCCGUGAUAAAAAGUUCUGCUUAGAACAAGCAGCCCCAGUGACUGCCCUCGAGCCUGUGAUCCUGCACACCUCAUGCUGUCCCUCCUAGCCCCCUUAAGACCAGCUCUCUUUUCCAGCUGCUCCAACUGUUCUGAGGAGCACUGGGUUGCCAAGGCCCAAAAUGGUAGUUUUGUCUCUCCGAGGAGUUGGGAUUUCCGCAAAUCUGCCUUCCCAUAAACUGUCAGGUAGAUGCACAUUCCCCACAGGAUCGAUCUCUCCUCUGCCGGUCAGAUGUGCACCACCAGGAAUCCAUGUGGGAGAUCUGCCUGGCCUUGCUUUGGCCGACUGGCAGUUGCCUGAUGCCUUAUUCUGGAUGGAGGUCCAAAACUUCCUUCAGCCUGGUCAUCUGUCUUUCUUCUCAGUACGGCAAGGAGGACCCUUUGCCUUUGGGGUCCUCCUUACUGUCUGCUGUGUUGUAUCCCAGGCACCCUCUUCAUUGUCCCAGUGCCUUCUUCCCAGCAGAGAAUUGACUAGAUGUAGUCCAGGAAGCCUGUGCCAAAUCUGGUUUAUUUAAAAGUUCUCCAAAAGAAAUCAGGACAGUAUUGAGAAACGCCAUGGUUCCAGGUUGCGCUUCUCACGAGUAGUGGGGAAGCCUGCACAGUUUGGCACUUCUUGCCUCGAGUGUGAGAGUCUUUGCACACUCAUCUCUCAGGGAAGUUGAUCCCUGCAGUUCAAGACCGCAAGAGCCUUUGCUGAGGAAGCUUUCUUGGGUGUUAUAACCGGAUCUUCUUAACGCAUUCUACAUUUUUAAGCCAGUGCGUGUUUAUGUGCCUCUUUUGAAUUACAGAUGUGAAGAAUGAAAAUAUCCUUACUGUUGUUUGUUGGGGCCACCUGGGUAGAUUUGGCUGUGAAUGGCCCUGGCAGUCCAAUUUGCUUGCAAGGCCUCCAACAGCCCAGAGGGUCCCCCUCAGCUGGACCAAGCAAAGCAGCCCCCACAGGGUUACGGAACUUCACUUGCCCCAUCCUGAAUGCAUCUCCUGUACUGGGGAAAAGAUGCAGCAGCCUCUUUUUCACCUCUGGGCUAUUGUGACUUAUGAGGAAUGCCCCAUUUCCUACCUACAGUUUUUCUUGGUCAAGUCAUAAGGGGUUGAAUUGGUUUCCCAAAUACUAAAGGAUCUUUUCCUUUCUGCUAGAGGGUUUAAAACAGACAUGGUGCUUCUCAACAGAUUGUGGGGUGUUUUUUUUUUUUUUAUAGAGAUACAUCAAAUCCAAAGCACUAUAACUUUGCUCUUUCUUCCCUCAUGAACUAACAUCUCUUGUUUGGAAUUAGAUAGUACUCUCUGUGUUCAGUUAAUUGAUUUGCAGCCUUAGGUGCCUGGCCGCUUGGUCUUAAAACCAGUGCCGUGCGGGAAGAGAAGCUGCUUCCCCACAAAGGCCAAGGGUGCAGAAUGUCCCAGCCCCCUGAGCUCUUGAAGGCACCAGCUCAGGUCCAAGAGGCAGGCCAGUUUUGUAACCUUGGGUGCUGUGGAAUAGGAGCAGCCUCCCUGACGCAGCCAACAGAACCCAUUCACAUCAAUAUGCCUUAAAUGACUUUUUACCAUGUCCCCAAAUUGGAUCUCAGUUGCUGAAGCCAAAACUCAUUGGAGGGGAGGCGUUUUCAAGAAUAUCCUCCUCUCUAGUCUCCUUUUGAGAAUUCAAAUUUAUAUUCUUCUAAUGCAUACGAAGUUGUGCUGUUUUUAAUUCAGAAGCACAGCUGGGCUGAGAACACUUGGGCAUAAACAUAACUGUGUUUGUCUUGUUGAUAAGUAGUGUUAUUCUCAAGCAGACCAACAAAAGGGAGCAAUUCAAAAUGAUGGGCACAGAUUUGAAAAUGCCCUUGAAUGUGGAUUUUGGCUUGAUUUUCAACCAGCUUUUCUAUCUGGACUCUUAAAAGAAAUUGCUAGGAAAGGAAGGAACUUUUAAUGAAAUGUUUGUUCCUUGCCAUCAACCUGCUGUUGGCUUUAAAAAUAAAAAUCCCAAACUCUGAAGCUCAUUUUGGAUUUUGUUGGGCUUGACAGAUAACAAUAAGGUAUGUUAGGCAAUAGUCACUGGGAGGGAUGGCGGAGGGUAGAGUGUCCAGUGGAUGGAGGAAGAGUGCCCAGGUGAGAUGUCUUGUCUGCAUGUUUCUUUUUUGUCAUGGUGUCCACCUGAGUGAGCUUUGAGGAAUGUCCAGACAGGUGGUUCUAUAAAAAUCUGCUAGAGUUAGGUAUGGAACUGCUCUUCUUGUGCUGACGCAAGUGCUGGCAAAGGACGGCUUGGUCCCCUCACACCAAAUUCUCACAAGCAACUUCUGCAUGUGCCCAGUUCAUACCACUUAUGUUUGAGAAGAAGCCGGUGCCAUCCUGUUGAUGUAUGCAAGGUCUAUAAAAAAUUGGAAAGCUUAUGUGCCAAGUCUGUUUACACAAGUGAACCACGCAUCUGCCUAAUGUUACCCUAUGCCUUAUGUGUUUUUUUGGGUGUUGAUUAAAAUCAUAGCUAAAUAAAUAAA